UUAAUGAAAACUCGCAGGGGUACCCUGACAUGAACAUAUUUUUUCGAGCCUCGAAACCCGCCUCGCUCAUGCCGAGUCAUAGCCGUGAUUGCAGUAGUCCGGAAACAACUGGUUAUCAUCAUCAAAAAGAUGCGAGAUUGGAAAGUAUGGUGAUGGAUGUCGAGAUUGCAGUGGAUGUCAAACAUGUGACAUCAUAAGCGGUAUCUGCACGUCGGUACCUUGUGGUGCAAACUGUAUGAGUGGAUUGUGUAAUCCCACUAUUGGAUACUGUACCCAAGGCUGUAUUAACGGAUACUGGGGAAACACGUGUACAUCAACCUGUCCACAAAACUGUCAAGGUGGAAGUUGUGAUAGGAUCAGUGGUUACUGUAACGGCUGUAGUAAUAAUAACUAUUGGGGACAAUCAUGUAAUACACCAUGCUCACAAUACUGUAACGGAGGUGUGUGUUAUCAAAACAAUGGAUAUUGUAGCAAUGGCUGCACACUAGGACGAUACGGAAAUAAAUGUGAACAUCACUGUAACGAAAAAUGCUCGGGGAACACUUGUGAUCAAAACAAUGGAGUAUGUACGAACGGAUGCGCUGAUUUUUAUUAUGGGUAUACAUGUGAGUACGAGUGUAGUCCUUACUGUAGUCCCAGACGUUGUGACAGAUAUAACGUUACAUGCACUGGAUGUAGCAGCGGUUAUUUUGGUUCGUCUUGCCGAGACAACUGUAGCGUAAACUGUGCUGAGGGAACGUGUGAUCAACAGACGGGAAAAUGUCACGGAGGAUGUAAACCAAACUGGACCGGGGACCAAUGUGACAAGUGCAGCUCAGAUCAUUAUGGUCAGUCAUGUGAUCAACGAUGUAGCUCACAUUGUGUAAAUGGAAUCUGCUUUUCAAACAACGGGACGUGCGUGGGUGGAUGUACUGGUGCAUUAAGUAAUGACAAGUGUACCCAAGAAAAUGUGCAACCCUUUACCACUGAAUGUGACAACAGCAUGGUCAUCGUCAGUAUUGUAAUGUCUGUUGUCAUUGUUCUCACAGGAAGUGUCGUAAACUUCCUGUUGUGGAGGAGAAACCAGUGUAAGUAAACCGAUUAUCAACAAGAGUAACUACUUCUGAUAAGUUCUUAAUUCUCAUAUCUUAAAGCCCUUGUUUAAAAGUUGGAAAUUAUAUACCAAAAGAAUGAAGGGAAUACAUUUUUUUGUCAUAAAUUGUCUAAAA